AUGGCUCGUUCUUGUAAAAGUAAAGUAUGUAACCCAGCGCUGUGGCCUUCAGGAUCUACAGAAGGAGUCUCUCCAGAGAUAAUAGAAGAGUGCAAGGAACUUGUAAUGACCAAUGACCACUUACAGACAUACAUGCAGUUAUUUAGGGAAAACAUAAAUCGAGGUCUGGGCAAAGCCACUAACCCAAAUGCAAUAGUCAAGUGUUUCCCCACUUAUGUACAAGAUUUGCCUGAUGGAACGGAGAAAGGUAAAUUUUUAGCGCUAGAUUUAGGAGGCAGCAACAUCCGGGUCUUGAUGGUUGAUCUGGGAGAUCCAGAUCCAGUGCAUACUAAAGUAUAUACAAUACCGAAAGACAUCAUGCAAGGAACAGGGGAACAAUUAUUCGACUUCAUCGCCGAUUGCUUAGUAACAUUUAUCAAGAGUCAAGGUCUAGCAGAAGCACCAUUGCCUCUUGGAUUUACCUUCAGUUUUCCACUGGUCCAGAAAGGCUUAAAAGUUGGCAUACUAGAGAGGUGGACAAAAGACUUUACCUGUAGUGGAGUUAUUGGCAACAACGUCGUUGAAAUGCUUCAGACAGCAUUACAAAAACACGGUGAUAUAAAGGUUGACGUUAGUGCUGUUCUGAACGAUACCACCGGGACUUUAGUGGCGGCAGCUUUCAAGAAUCCACUCGCCCGAAUCGGACUAAUUGUGGGAACAGGCACAAAUGGUUGUUAUGUUGAGAAACAAGAAAAUGCCGAACUCUUUAAUGAACCUGACUUGGGAUCCGGAAAAGUGAUAAUUAAUUUAGAAUGGGGUGCUUUUGGUGACGACGGUGCAUUGGAUUUUGUUAGAGUUUCCUAUGAUGAAGAUGUUGAUGCAAAUUCAGUAAAUCCCGGUAAACAGAAACACGAAAAGAUGAUUUCUGGUAUGUACAUGGGUGAGCUUGUAAGACUAGCUCUUGAAAAGUUCACCAAAGCUGGAUUAAUGUUUGAAGGGUUAGGUUCUGAUGCCUUGUACACGCGUCAUACUUUGGAAUCAAGCGCUGUCUCCGAUAUAGAACGUGAUAGGAUGGGUGAUUACUCCAAAGUGAAAAAGAUAUGUGACUCGUUAGGUCUAACUCACGCAACUCUACAGGAUCAUACUAAUGUGAGGUACGUGGCCUCGUGCAUAACGAGAAGAGCAGCCCACCUGGUCUCUGCUGGUUUGGUUGUGCUGAUGGAAAGAGUUGGAGAAAAACAGAUUGCAGUUGGUAUAGACGGUACUGUAUAUAAGUUCCAUCCACACUUCCAUAACUUGAUGGUGGAGAAAAUUAAAGAGUUAGUCGGGGAUACCUACGACUUUGAGCUUUUAUUAGUGGAAGAUGGCAGUGGAAUAGGGGCAGCCUUAGUAGCUGCUGUAACAGCUAAGAAAAGAUAA